AUUACCACCUGGUUGAUCAACUAAACACAUGGCAUGACGCGAUGCAUUACUGCAGGAAAAAGUACACUGACCUGGCCACUGUACACAGCUCGGAGGACAUGAAGCGGCUGAUAGCGGCUGCCGGCAGUGGUUAUGAGGGAGAAGUGUGGAUAGGCCUGCGUGACAGACAGGACUGGCGGUGGUCUCUGUCCAACACAGGAGAGCCGAACUGGCGCUUUAGGAAGUGGAAAAUAGGUAAACCGAAUAACAGUCGAACACGACUGCAGUUGUGUGUUUCUUUCCAUCAAGGUCUCUGGGAUGAUGACUUCUGCACUGAACCACUCAGCUUUGUUUGCUACAACAAGACCAACGUUGACUUGCCAACCACUUCCACUGACAGAUAUAUCUUUAUAAACCAAACAAAGACGUGGCCCCAAGCUCGGGCCUACUGCCGACUGCACCACACAGACCUGACCAGUGUGAGGAACGACACAGAGAACGGGUUGAUCCAGCAGGUGGUACCAGGAGGCCAGAGGGCUUGGAUCGGCCUGCGCAGAGACACCUGGAGGUGGUGGAGAAGUAGCAGGUCGUCAUUCAGAAACUGGGCAGCCGGGCACCCGCUGGCUACAACCGGGAACUGUGCUGCCAGCGUGAUUAAUGCUACUCACCUCGGAAAGUGGGUGGAAAACCACUGUGACCAAAAACGUCAUUUCAUGUGCGACAACAACAAGAAGCAAGUGUUUGAAAUCAAACUGACGGCACUGAAAUCCACAGUCGACCUGAACGUCCCUAAUGUGACGGAGGCCAUCUUGAAUCUGGUUAAAACGAAGAUGAAAGAGAAAGGGAUUUUGAAAGAUGUCAAAAUCGCUUGGAUAAAAAAGCCAGACAAAAAUAUUUUCCAGAAGAGAAGACGGACCUUUAAUAUCCCACCUUGAUUAGUAAAGUACAUUCUUAUUUGCUGGUAUUGUCCUGGCAAGCUGAAUGUGUGGGAUAAUUUGCUGUGUAUUUAGCUUUUAAGGAAUAUAUUUAGGUUUGAAUAUUAAUCACUACAGAAAUGAUUAAUAAAUAUUAUACUAGCACACAAACAUUUAUUGUUUUGACUGACUAAUAUUGUGUUAAUUAAUGUCUGCCCAUUAAGUAAAUUGUUUAUAAAACAGCAUUUUUUUUAUUUAUAUUUUCCAAACUAUGAUCCACUGGUGUGUUUGAAAGUUGAAAAAUCAACUUUAGAGCUCGAGAAAUAAUUGUAGUAACAAAACAUGUUUUCUAUCUCAGUAUCACACUACCACUUUAUUGUACAUUUUACUUCCUGUUUACUGUCAUUGUGAAAAUGUUGCAGACUUGUAUCGGUUUGUGUCCUACCAACACAGCUGUAAUCAUACCUUUUAUGCAAAAGGGAGUUACUUUUAUUCUACUGUGUGAUUAAAUAUAAUAAAAAAAUGUAA